AAACAGUUAUUUAGAUCGAUGGGGUUUGUAAACAUUGAGGCGAGUUAGAUUCAAGACUCAUUUAACAAUGUCAAUACAUUUACUGUGCCUCACAUCCGAUGGAGGCGUUCCAAUAUUCUCCAAAAAGAAGGGAGACUGCGAAAAUCUCCCGUUCUCCACUAUCGCCUCGCUGAACGGCGUUCACAUGUUCUGCAAGUCGCAAAGCGUAGACCUCUCGAUCACGUACCUGGAGGACGGUAUGAUCGUUUGGAAGGAGUACGACGGCACGCUGAUGAUGAUCGGGAUUGCUCGGGGCAUUCCGGAAAAGGUCCUACGCAGCCUGAUGGACUACUCGUACUACGCGAUGGUGUUCUGCGUGGGAAUCGCCGCGAUCAAGAAGAUCAAAAAUAUCGAUCGGUUCAAGCGCGAGCUGAAGAACUGCUACGCGCUGAUCGAUCAACUGAUGGAGGUUACGGAGAGCGAUUUUUUUCGAUUUACGGAAGCGGUCUUGUGUUCGGAAAGUAUGGCGAUGCUGGUGAAGCUGAACGAGUUUAGUAUUCAGAUUGGAUCGCCGUUCUGUUCGAUACUGGUUCGGCAAAAGAUAGCUUGCGGGACGGAGGGAUGGUGGGACUUGGAUAUCGUCGAUCGGAAGCUGUUGAUGGUUCUGCUGAAUGCUUCCAGCACUAUCCAGCAAGAUGUGCCGGUUUUUCUACCUAAGAAGAGUCCAGGAAUCGCGUACAGAUUCAUCAGCAUCCCGAUAACUCAAGGAGUUAGUAUUUGCGCACUCUGCGGAGCGGAACCACCCUACGACAAACUGCAAGCCUUGAGUCAACAGUUCUGGAUGAACGAAAUCGAUCUCCUCAUUACGGCUGAACAAAACUACCCCAAAAACUAUCCGGCCACCAUCGAACUAGACCCGAGCAUUCUCGGAUUCUUACUCCUCAACAAAGAACAAUCAAAGUACGUACUUUCGCGGAACGUGCACCAAACCAGCACCGGGAAGCGGACCCUGUCCGGCAACCAUCGGUUGGACAUUUUGAGGACGUUCUUUCACCAGUCGGUCGACACCAUGGAGGACAUGUUCCGUGAGGGUGAAAAGGUGAUCAACCUGGAGCAGUACUGGUGCUCGGACUACCACAAGUGUCACGCGCUGCUGGAGGACCAGAACACGCUCUGCGUUCUGUACACGUCGGUCAUUCCGACGCACAUUAUGAGGCUGAUAACACAAAAAACACUGAACACACUAAUAUCGGAUAAGGAUGUUUGCUGGUAGGGGGUCGUCAUAUUCUAUCAACUUCAAAAGUUUACACAUUUUGAGCGCUUCAUUUAUCGGUUAAUGUGACUCUAAUUUUGUG